AUGAGUUCUCCGCCUCGUCGUUCUACUAGCUUCGGAAUGUUGCUCAAACGCACAAAGAGUGGCGAUCUGGGCAAGGGCAAUAGGAAGACCCAAGCCGAACCAGAUCGCCAGUCUCAGCCCACUCCUCGCGCAGCCCCCAAGCUCCCCGAAUUCUUCAACAACUCUGAGCAGCUGUCCAAGUCUUUUGCGCCUGAGCUGCAAGCCAAUUCUACCACCUCCGGGGUUAGCUCCAUCAUUCCAGGCGGCUACACUCGCGAAUCGUCCAGCCGCUCCUCAGCAGAGGCUACGCGUGCCGCGGCCAGCAAAGUCCCGAUCCCUCCCAUUCCCAGCAACGGCUUUGAUCCCUAUGCCAGGUCGGAGAGCAUGACAAACCGUGGCCGCUACAGCUAUGCCAGCAGCAGUGCUAUGAGCACAAUCAACAACCCCAGGAGGAUCCGCAGAAGAAAGGACCCCACGCCAUUCAACAUUCUUAUACUAGGUAGCCAAAAUGCCGGCAAAACCUCUUUUCUCGAGUUCCUCAAGACAGCCCUGGCACUUCCACCAAAGAAACAGUCCAAGAAGCACGAAGAAGACUCUUUCCAGAUGCCAAUCGCUCCCGUUGGUAACUUUAUUCCGCACUAUCUCGAAACCGAAAUUGAUGGCGAGCGGAUUGGCCUGACUCUCUGGGACUCGGAGGGUCUGGAGAAGAAUGUUGUCGAUCUGCAGUUGAGAGAAAUGUCUGGCUUCUUGGAGAGCAAAUUUGAAGAGACUUUUACAGAGGAAAUGAAAGUCGUGCGUUCCCCAGGCGUCAAAGACACUCAUAUCCACGCAGCCUUUUAUGUCAUGGACCCUUCCCGCCUUGAUCGUACCAUUGCGACGGCGAAAAAGAACGCUUUGCGGAACGGCUAUGGCAAUGGCGGCCAUGGCCAGGCUCAAGCUUCUGGUGCCCUUGACGAGGAAAUUGAUCUCCAAGUUCUCCGGACCCUCCAGCACAAGACAACAGUCAUUCCUGUCAUUUCCAAAGCAGAUACCAUCACCGCCAAGCACAUGGGUAUCCUCCGCAAGGCCGUCUGGGACAGCAUCAAGUCGGCGAACCUGGAUCCCCUGGAAGCCCUGGGACUGGAUGAGGAUAGCAGCAGCAUCAUCGAAGAGGAAGAGGAUGAUGACGAAGCGGGAGAAGACGAGUCGGCGGAGCAAGCCGAAAAGACGACCGCGUCACCUGGCCACUCAAAGAGACUCUCUACCAACUCCAUCCGCAGACACAAGUCUCAAGAGGAUGCCAAAGCGGAAGAACCGCCAUUUCUCCCUCUCUCUAUCAUCAGCCCCGAUCUUUAUGAGCCCGAGGUCAUUGGACGACAGUUCCAAUGGGGAUUUGCCGACCCAUACAAUGAGGAGCACUGUGACUUUGUCAGGCUGAAGGAGGCCGUCUUCACCGAGUGGCGUGCUGAACUGCGUGAGGCAAGCAGGGAGCAGUGGUAUGAAGGCUGGCGAACAAACAGACUCAAACGCCGUGAG